AGAAAUUAGAAAUUCCCUCCAAGUUUGUCAUAUAGGGUUUGUCCGGGGUUUUGCUAUUCGCAUUCAGCAUCACAGCAUGGCAUCGUCAUCCUCAAGCAACAGCGCAAACUACGACGUACCGUGGGUUGAGAAGUACCGACCCAGCAAGGUCGUCGACAUCGUCGGCAAUGAAGACGCCGUCUCCCGGCUCCAAGUCAUCGCUCGUGACGGCAACAUGCCCAACCUCAUUUUAUCAGGUCCUCCUGGAACUGGAAAAACCACUAGCAUCCUCGCACUUGCGCACGAGCUUCUCGGUCCCAAUUACAGAGAAGUUGUUCUUGAACUAAAUGCUUCAGAUGAUAGAGGAAUAGAUGUUGUGAGGAACAAGAUCAAGAUGUUUGCUCAAAAGAAAGUAACACUUCCUCCAGGCCGACACAAAGUUGUUAUACUCGAUGAAGCUGACAGUAUGACAUCUGGAGCACAACAAGCUUUAAGAAGGACGAUGGAGAUAUAUUCUAAUUCUACUCGUUUCACGCUUGCUUGCAAUACAUCGUCUAAGAUUAUUGAGCCGAUUCAGAGUAGGUGUGCAAUUGUGAGAUUUUCGCGACUAUCUGAUCAAGAGAUACUUGGUCGUCUCAUGGUUGUGGUUCAAGCUGAGAAGGUACCUCAACUUUUUAUUUGUGUUGAAUUACGGAAUAUUCUUGUUUGUUUGAGGAAUAUAUGCAUAUGAAUCGCCAAUGUUAUACCAGUCUAAAGUUUUUCCAUGGCCUGAAUUCUGACGAUUUUAUGGCUUAUGAGGGAUUUAGGAUGUCUGACCUCCUGUACUAUACUUUAAAGGUUUGUUUACUUGCAAAGAUUUAUCUGGCUAGCUAUAACAGUUUACCUACUGUAAAGAGGCAUUUCAGAAUUGCCUUUUUAAAGUAAAUACAAAAGUUCAAAAUGUUUAGUAGUAUUUGACCAGCUUCUUUUUCAUCCUUUUGAGCUAGAUUAUGUGAUGUCUAGUUUAUUAUCUAUUUUUGCACGUGUAAAUAGUAACUAAAUUUUGUAAGGUGCAUAUGUUAGAACCCCAAAUGAGAAUUCUGGGCCAAAUGGACCGUUACACAACAACCCUAAACCUAAUAUGCAGUGGGUUGAAGCUUGAAGAAUAGGAAAGGGGAGAGUGGGAUUGUCCGUGUGGCAGACAGUGUUGUUGAUGGCGGUCCAUGACGGAGAGGCAAAAUCCUGCC